CAGCAAAGAAGACGUGACAAAACAUUUAAAAAGUCACAAAAAUGUUGGGAAGAAACCAUAAAAGUGUCCAAGACAUUGAAAAAGUCACAAAAACGUCGGAAAAAAAGCCAUAAGAACUUUAAAAAUCCUGGAUCUACUUUUUGGCACUCCGCCGGCUCCGGUGAGUCCGGAUGAAGGACGCGUGUCCGCGGCUGUAAACAAGACAAAGAUUCCGGAAGUGCUGCUGCUGCUGCGCGCGUCGGAGCUCCAGUCUGCUGUCUAUCCAUGGAUUACGUCAGGCUGCCGCUGGUCCUGGUCCUGGUUCUGGUUCUGGUUCUGGUUCCCCACUGGUACCGCACCGGAGCAGCGGGGCUCCGCGUGAGAGGAGAGCAGAAGCGGAACUGUUCCGCGGUGAAGCUGGAUCUCUCCGCGGUGAUCCGCCGGGUGGACCCGCGGUUCUUAUCCGUCACCAUCGAUGCGAGCCUGGCUACAGAGGAGAAGUUCAUGUCGCUGUUAGGCUCUGCAAAGAUCAGGACGCUGGCAAAAGCAUUAACACCAUCUUUUCUGAGAUUUGGGGGGACGAGACAAGACUUCAUGGUGUUCACCCCCCGGAGGUCUCACCGGGACGCUGCAGGUUUCACCGCCGAUGGGUCCUGUGAUGACUUCGAGCUUCCCUCGUGGCUGGAGGACCGGCUGAAGAAGGACUGGACCCGACAGCAAGCGGUCCUGAUGAAAGAAGACCUGAACAGAAAGUACCGACGGGUCAAGUUCACAGAGGACACAGUGGACAUGCUGCAUUCCUUCUCCAGCUGCUCGGGGACGGAUCUGAUCUUCGGGCUCAACGCUCUGCUCCGAAACGCCGACAACAGCUGGAACAGCAGCAACGCCCGCUCGCUGCUGCAGUACUGCGAGUCCCGAGGCUACCGCAUCAGCUGGGAGCUAGGCAACGAACCCAACAGCUAUGAGAAGAAGGCUGGGAUUCGAGUGGAUGGAUAUCAGCUGGGAAAGGACUUCACCCGUCUCAGAGAGAUGAUGUCACAGUCCAAACUUUACCACGGCGCCGGACUGUUCGGGCCAGACGUGGGCCAGCCCCGAGACCACCGGGCCGACCUGCUGGAGGGGUUUCUGCAGAGUGGAGCUGAGGCCGUGAACGCCUGCACCUGGCACCAUUACUACGUCAACGGCAGAGACACGUCUCUGGAGGACUUUCUGGAUCCUGAGAUCCUGGACACUCUGGCCCUGAAGACUAAAGAAGUCCUGCAGACGGUGAAGCUGGUGUCUCCAGAGAAGCCCGUGUGGCUCGGAGAGACGAGCUCGGCGUACGGAGGAGGAGCUGUCGGCCUGUCGGACACGUUCGCCGCAGGAUUCAUGUGGUUGGAUAAGCUGGGCCUUGCAGCCACACUGGGCCUGGAUGUUGUGAUGCGGCAGGUGUUGAUUGGCUCUGGGACUUAUCACCUGGUGGACGACAACCUGGAUCCUCUCCCCGACUACUGGCUGUCUGUUCUCUACAAGACUCUCGUGGGUCCCGAGGUUUUAAGAGUUGAGUUCUCCAGCUUCGCUCGCAGUAGAACCGUGAGGCUGUAUCUGCACUGCUCCAACAAACUCAGGUACCAGCGUGGAGCGGUGACCCUGAUGUCUCUGAACCUCGGCGAGACACCGGCCAGCAUCUGUCUCCCGCCACUCGCCCCCCCCCCUACAGUGGACGCCUUCAUACUGCAGCCGGGGGAGGGGGGGCUCUACUCCAGGUGGGAGGGGGGGCUCUACUCCAGGUCUGUGCUGCUGAAUGGAGCCCUGUUAAAGAUGGAGGACGAGCAGACUCUCCCUGACCUCUCAGCGUCUCGCCUCCCUCCGUCUGACCGGCUGCAGCUUCCUGCCUUCUCGCUCGCCUUCUUCGUGCUCACAGACGCCAAGGCAGCCGCCUGUCUCUGACCCUCUACACACACACACACACACACACACACACACACACACACACACACACACACACACACA